AACCGGAAGCACGCGUCGAUGACGUCGUAACGUGGAAAACAAAAACAAAUCGUGGUGUUGCGACAUCUGUGUUGUUGUGUUUCGCGGUGUUUGUCCUGUUUUCUGCGUUUUAAAGCCUCCACAUCGUCUCCAGUCUGCGUGUUCAUGUCAUGUUUGUCUCUGUCCUCCGGCUCAGGUUGUCCUUCGGGUCCGGCUGCAGCUGUAGUUUACCGGUAACAGCUCGGUGACGGUGACGGUAGUUUGAGCAGCCAUGGCUCAGCAGAGAGGAGUCAACAGCCUGCAGUUCAACCAGGACCAGAGCUGUUUCUGCUGUGCGAUGGAGACGGGGGUCAGGAUUUACAACGUGGAGCCCCUGAUGGAGAAGGGUCACCUGGAUCAUGAGCAGGUAGGCAGCGUGGCUCAGUGCUCCAUGCUGCAUCGAUCCAACCUGCUGGCCGUCGUCGGAGGAGGCGUCAAUCCCAAAUUCUCAGAAAUAUCUGUGCUGAUCUGGGACGAUGCUCGGGAGUCUCGGGACCCCAAAGACAAGCUGGUGCUGGAGUUCACCUUCACCAAACCUGUUCUAGCUGUUCGCAUGAGGCAUGACAAGGUCAUCAUUGUGUUAAAAAACAGGAUCUAUGUUUACAGUUUUCCAGAGAAUCCUGUCAAACUGUUUGAGUUUGACACCAGAGAUAACCCUAAAGGUCUGUGUGAUUUGUGUCCCAGUCUGGAGAAACAGCUGCUGGUCUUUCCAGGUCAUAAAUGCGGAAGCCUGCAGCUGGUCGACUUGUCCAACACUAAACCUGGUACAUCAUCAGCUCCUUUCACCAUCAACGCCCAUCAGAGCGAGAUCGCCUGCGUGGCUCUGAAUCAGCCCGGCAGCGUGGCGGCUUCCGCCUCUCGUAAAGGAACUCUCAUCCGUCUGUUCGACACGACGACCAGAGACAAACUGGUGGAGCUGCGUAGAGGAACCGACCCGGCCACCCUCUACUGCAUCAACUUCAGUCACGACUCCUCCUUCCUUUGCGCCUCCAGCGAUAAAGGAACAGUUCACAUCUUUGCACUCAAAGACACCAAACUGAACCGCCGCUCAGCGUUGGCGCGUGUCGGGAAGGUGGGCCCUGUGAUUGGUCAGUAUGUGGACAGCCAGUGGUCGUUGGCCAGCUUCACCGUGCCUGCUGAGUGUGCCUGUAUCUGCGCUUUCGGAAAGAACACGUCCAAGAACGUCAACUCAGUCAUCGCCAUCUGUGUGGACGGGACCUUCCAUAAGUACGUGUUCACUCCUGACGGAAACUGCAACCGAGAAGCCUUCGACGUGUAUCUGGAUAUAUGUGAUGACGACGACUUCUGAGGCUGCCGCGGAGAGAGAGAGAGAGAAAGCGGUGGAGAAACAUCAUCUGGAAGGACAAAGUCAGACGUAAGAACAAGGAGGAAAUGUGACGACGAUGAUGUUGAAGAAGAAGAAGAAUGAUGAAAACGACUGAUGGGUUAAUGUUUAUUGUUGGUGUUCUGGAGGCAGACGGGCCUGUGUUCAGAGAAUCAGAGAGACACGUUUUAUAAAGUCCUUUGUCUUUGUAAUCAGUUGUAUCUACAGUAUGUAGCAGUGUGAAUAAAAAUAAAGUUUUCUAUUAGCCUA